UUGAGUAAAGAAGUUUAAUCAGUACUUCCACUUUUACCAGAGUAUUUUUUAACACAAGUAUCUGUACUUUUACUCAAGUACGGAAAGUGAGUACUUUUGCCAUCUCUGAAGAUAAGGAUAACCUUAGCUUAAAUUACAUGUCUGCAGUUGUACAGUAUGAAUGCAAAGUUUGCACUUUGAUGUUUUAAAUUGUUAGCUCUCUGACGUUAUCAGUAGUAAUUCAGUCACCUGUUGUAGAUACAUCGUAACAGUGGGUUUUAUAGAUAUCCAAAAAAAAAAACCCCAGUAACCAAUAAAUUUCAAAAUGAAGAGCAAAAGGCCAUUUAAAGAAACAAAAAUGCUUUAAUUUAGCUUUUAAUCACAGCUAUUCUAUUUGCGAACAAAUAUGUUAUCAAUUAUUUGUUUAAAAUGUUUACUUCUUAUUUUUUCUUUUUCCCUACUGAACAGAUAUAUUCCCACUCCAGUCAUGAUUUUUGCUUGGACAAUAUGUUUAAAUGUUUAAGCCCCUUGGCCAACUGUUUCUACAUAUCGUAUCCAUGAGUCAUAUUUUUCAUUAUUCAAGUUAAAGUAUGCUGUUUCAGACAUCAAAACUGGACUCUUUAAACUUAAGUGAAGACCUUAUAUAUGACAUUUUGCUUUGUAAAUGUAUAUGUUUGCAAUCGAUAGCUCGACGCCCCCUUAUUGAAGUAAAAUACCAUUCCCAUCAGGCUUAGUUGACCUGUUUUCAGGGCAGUGUGGGACCCUGUUGCCAUGUCACCACUUCUUCUGAUCUCAUGAUCAUUAAUAUGCAUUGGACAUAGUGCCACUGCUCAUAUCUCAGGCCUUAUGAUUGCUUUGUUACUGAAUGUUUCUUGGACAUGCUGUUCUUGAAUCAUUUUGGUUCCUAGUAGAAUAUUCUUUCUCAUUCCCCAUUUCUCUCUUUUUUUUUUUUUUUUUGGCACAAUUGAAGUGGGGACCAUUUGGCACUGGAUAGUCCAUACUGUACUGACUAUGGCAAAAUGGCAGAUUCUCCUUCCUCUGUCCUCCUUGCUGUGGUUCCCUCACACUCUCCUGAGAGAAGUAACCCAGAUUUCAAAAUGAAUCGCUGCCUAUUCCCCUCAAUCUUUCUCCUCUCUCUCUUUCUCUAUUUUUUGCCACUCUCUCUUUCUCUCUUAUCCUCUCUCCAUCUCUCAUCCUCUUCCUUGUAAAACAGAAUCAGUCUUGGAAAGAGAAUACCACCUCUCCAUCCCGUACUCCUACUCACCCUGCCUCUGGGUUAACGGAUUUAUUCCAUUUUAGUGCUCUAUGUUUGCUUCUUUGAAAACUUCAACCACAAAAAUUGCCUGUUGCGUGCAUUUGAAGUUAUGUUGUUCUUUUUCACUUUUUGAGCUGCUUUUUUGCUCCUAGACGCUGCUUUUUCUUGGUUCCUUAUGCUUUUUGGGGGUUUGUUUUUUUAUUUUGUAUACUUUCCUUAUUUGAGUUGAUCAGCUACAGGUCCACCCCACAUUUUCAAUUGAAGACAUUGAGACGAAGAGUGAAGCAGAAGAAAAAGGAUAGACGGUCUUUGGCAAGCUCUCUUCAAAGUUACCAAAAACUGAGGUAUUUAGUGUUUUCCAUCUCUGUAGUACAGGUUGGUACACGUCUCUUAAGUAUUUUUAAUCAGGCUAAUUAUAAGCCAUUGUAUAUGCAUUCUUUUUAAGUUUUUGCUUUAAUGCUGAGAUGAUCAAUUUACCAUGAAAUUUUGCUAGUUGCAUUUUUUUAUUCAUCAAAUUGCCAAAAGGCAUUUAUAUGGAUUUCAGCAGAGUGUAACUCACUUCCUCCAUCCAAUAUUUGCCUUUUUGAACUUCUUCUCUGCAUGUUCCAUUCCCUGCAGAUGAGAAAAUGUUAUUCUGGCCCAAACUUUCUGCAGAAAUAGAACUAAUUGCUAAUAAGGGCAGGCAGGAAGACGACGAGAGGAUGCAGGCUCCAGUACUGGAGCAGCUGGUGGGGUGUUGUUGACAUGGCAACAGGAGGUAGUUGACAUAACGACUGAGGGGUGGGUUGGGUGUGGGUAUUCAUAGCAUAUGAGGGGUGCAGCAGGAUGGACAGCCAGUAUUUGGGACACACAGCUAGUUGAGCUAAUUGUUUAGCUUCUUAGAGUUUCUCAAGAGACCUUUUUCUCUGUAUUUGAAUUAACCUCCCUGUCUUCUUCAUUAUGACUCUCUUUUUUUUCCUUGUGCUUCCUACCUGUCGCUUUCUGUACUCCCUCCAUCUCCUUCUCGAUCUUUCCCUUCAUCAUGCCACUCUUUCUCUGCUCCCUACCCUACAAUCUGUCUUCCAUUAUUAUCACUUCCUGUCUUUGUGUGACCUAUUAUGUCCAUUGUCCUCCUUGCUCCCGCCCCCCCACAUUCUCCAACACACAUCUCUUAGCCUUCUCUUGACAUAUUCUACAGGCAUCAUGUCCACCCCAGUGUCCCCUUCCCCAUCCCUCUCCCCCCUAACACUGACCUCCCCAACAUCACCAUCCUCCGCACUGCCGUCACCCCUCUCCCCUCCACCCAGGGUGCCCGUGUUUCAAAGGAAGGGAGCACUCAAACACAAGAGGAUUGUAGAGGUGAAAGACCAUCAGUUCACAGCACGCUUCUUCAAGCAGCCCACCUUCUGCAGCCACUGCACCGACUUUAUAUGGGGUAUCGGCAAACAGGGAUUCCAGUGUCAAGUUUGCAGCUUCGUGGUCCAUAAAAGAUGCCACGAGUUUGUUACCUUCACAUGUCCCGGCUCUGUGGCUGCCCCAAGGCCCGAUGACUUAAAGAGUCAGCACACAUUUAAGAUCCAUACUUACUCGAGCCCCACAUUCUGUGACCACUGUGGAUCACUUCUGUAUGGACUCAUACACCAGGGCAUGAAAUGUACCAGUUGUGACAUGAACGUCCAUCGGCGAUGUGAAACCAGUGUUCCCAGUCUGUGUGGUCAGGAUCACACUGAGAAAAGAGGAAGAAUCCAUCUGACCAUUAGAGGAGACAAAGAGGAUAUCUACGUCACUGUCCGGGAGGCUCGCAAUCUGAUGCCAAUGGAUCCGAAUGGUUUGUCAGAUCCAUAUGUAAAACUUAAACUGAUUCCAGACCCAAAGAGUCACAGCAAACAGAAGACUAAGACCAUCCGCUCAACACUUAAUCCGGUCUGGAACGAGAGUUUUACCUUCUCAGUUCGUGGCAACCAGUGGGACAGGCGUCUGUCUGUGGAGGUGUGGGACUGGGACCGGACGUCCAGGAAUGAUUUUAUGGGAGCGCUGUCAUUCGGCGUCAGUGAGAUCUUCAGACGUCCUAUCUGUGGCUGGUUUAAACUGCUUGCACAGGAUGAGGGGGAGUAUUAUAACAUCCCAGUACCGGAUCCAGAUCUGCAGGAACCUCAGCCAGAUGUCACAACACCCUCUCUGCCUCAGGUUUUGGCUGCCCCGGUGCCUGAGCCUUUUCCCCUGGUCCUGUCUCCAACCCCUGUCCCGUCCUGCCCACCCAUACACUCUCCAGGUCCUGGAAAAGUCAGAGUGGGAAUCCAUGACUUCAAUUUCCUCAUGGUGCUGGGCAAAGGCAGCUUUGGCAAGGUGCUGCUGGCAGAGGAGCGAGGCAGCGAGCGUCUUUUUGCAGUGAAGGUCCUUAAAAAAGAUGUUCUCUUCCAGGACGAGGACACAGAGAGUGCCCUGGUGGAGAGGAGAGUUCUGGCCCUCCCUUCUCGUCCUCACUUCCUCACAUCACUCUAUUGCGCCUUUCAGACCGAGGACCGUCUAUAUUAUGUUAUGGAAUAUGUCAAUGGUGGAGAUCUGAUGUUUCACAUUCAGCAAGUCGGGAAGUUCAAAGAGCCGCAUGCAGCGUUUUAUGCAGCAGAGAUUGCAGUUGGCCUCUUCUUUCUCCACAGCAAAGGCAUCAUCUACAGAGAUCUAAAGCUGGAUAAUGUGCUGCUCGACAGUGAGGGCCACAUAAAGAUUGCUGACUUCGGGAUGUGCAGGGAGGGCAUGUUCGGGGGCGAUACCACUCGCACAUUUUGCGGCACUCCCGACUACAUCGCCCCUGAGAUUGUGGCAUAUCAGCCCUAUAAUAAAGCAGUGGAUUGGUGGUCUUACGGAGUGCUACUUUAUGAAAUGUUGGCAGGACAGCCGCCAUUUGAUGGCAUUGAUGAAGAGGAGCUGUUUCAGUCCAUCAUGGAGCAGAGUGUCUCAUACCCCAAGAGUCUUUCCUGGGAAGCUGUUGCUGUAUGCAAAGGCCUACUGACGAAGCACCCCGCCAAGCGUCUGGGUGGAGGAGAGGAUGCUGAAAGGGAGAUAAAGGAGCAUCCAUUCUUCCGCUGGAUAGACUGGGACCGUCUGGAGAGACUGGAGAUACAGCCACCAUUUAAACCCAGGACUGGAGGAAGAAAAGGUGAAAACUUUGACAAGUUCUUCACAGGAGCCCCAUCCGUCCUCACUCCAUCGGAUCCAGAUGUGCUCGCAGCCAUCAACCAGGAUGACUUCGAGGGGUUCUCCUUCCUCAACCCAGACUAUGCUCCUUCACCUCUCACAGCUAUUUGAUAACCACCCCCUCCAUCCCCCCCGUGUUAUUUAUCAGACAGUAGUUUUAUAGCUGAGAGUCACACAUGAUCACUAGCAACAAACAUUUCACCUCUUGUAACCAAAUUCUAACGUUUACAUUAAACUGCCAAGAUCCUGUUUUAUUCCCUUACACUCUAUGACAUAUGUAUGUUCUAUUACAGGAUGUGUUUUAACCAAGUCAGUGUUAUAGUUUGCUGCAAUAGAGUUUUUUUUUUUUCUUAAAGUCUGUAUUAACCUGCUGUAAGAUUAUUGUACUGUCAGACAGAUAAAUGGAAGCACAAAAAACUGCAUGCAGCUAGUUUUUUAUAGAGGUAGAGAGAAGAUAAAAAGUCCUCAGUUGUCUGAAUGGGCAAUUUACCAGUGACGUCUUUAUUGUUACAGCUAUACAGACAAUAUAAUAUGCAAAGCAAUUUUUCUUUUCAUAAUAAAUAAAUAAAUAACAUUUCUUUACAUGUCUAUUCAGAUCAAAGGUGUUAACAUCAUAGAGGGCCUCCAAAGUGAAUUGCUAUACAUUUUUGAAAGACUAAUUUACCCUUUUUGGCUGCUUUAAUGUCUCAGUUCACUGUCAUAAGUGUGACCUUAGCUAAUUCAUGAAGGUACACCGGUGUCAGUGGGCACAAUGUGACAGUAACAGAUGGCAAAGCUGCACUAAAACUGCUGGACUUUGAGGGGCAUUAAUUUAUAUCACUGAUCACAUUAUCACAGUCCCUUUACAAAAGUAUUUAUACUCUGUAAGCCAUUUUUUUGCAGUUUUAUUUGUCAUAACCACAAAUGUUAUGGUGUUUGUUUGCAAGUUAAAGUGAGAGACCGAUACAAAGUAGUAUGAAGACAAAUGAAUUGCAAAAAAGUGUGGCAUAUGUAUUAACCUCUAUUGCAUCAAUAUUUAGAACCUCUUUUUGCUCCAAUUACAACUUUUUGAAAUAUGUCCUUACCAGAUAUGCACAUCUAGAGACUGCAUAUUUGGUCCAUACCUUUUUUUUUCCCUUUUUAAUAAAAUAAGCUAAAGCACAAUUUUACCAAAUAAGAACAUAAAAAUGAAUAAACAGUUACCAUAGAUCUGGACUUUGACUAGGCUAUUUCGACGCCUUAGUAUGCCUUGGUGUACCAUCAUUGCUUUGAUUGUAUUAUCAGAAACGUUGCUUUUCUGAAUACUUUACCCCUUGCAUGCCCAGUUAUGUUCAUGGUGUAUUCCUCGGUCUAUAUAAUGUCAAUAAAUUCCUCAAGGAAAUAUCUAAGGCUUUCAUGAAACUGCUGCAUUUAUAUAGAGGUUAAACUAAACACAGGGGGCUUUAAUCCUUACUUAAAUGGCCUCCGAAGGCCUUUGUUUGUACUGGAUAUCAUUUACGGUUAUCAGAAUGAGCACUAUUUGAUGACAGCAUUUUAAUUCCUAAUUUAAAAAAUCUAUUAAAACUAUGUAUCCUCUUUCUACCACUUUGCAAUUAUGCAUUACUUUGAAUCAGUCAGUCACAUAAGAAAAAAGUGUAAAAAAGUUUAAUGGGUUUAAAUAUUUUUUCAAGGCUCGUCAUUCAGAACUUUUAUUUCACUGCAGAUUAAGAAAACUCACUAUUGCAACUUGUCUUUUACAAACGAGCUUUUCAGCUUACAAAGUACAAAAACCUGUGUUUUCAUCUGCGUUUACCAGAAAGCUUUUUGCUGUGUAAUGAAAUACAGCACACAGCAUUGAUUGGGAGUAAUUAAAAGGGAGGCUCAGUGAGACUGUUCAAUAAAUGGAAAAAAAUUAUUCAAACAGUAUGUUUAUUUAAAUAUGAUCAAAGCAGGUGGCUCUAACAUCUCCAACAGAAUCUUGCAAAUGGAAAUACAUUGUUAACAGAGCUUGUGGUUAAUUAUACAUUUCUGUCACACCAGACAGGCUACUAUACAAUACAGACAAUAUAAACAUGUAAUAAUCAGCAGUCUAUCAUGUUUAGCUUAUUUAUUUGCCAGUUGAGUAAAGUUUUUGAUUUUAUGAGCAGGAAAAAUAACUUUAAAAUAAACCAACUGAGAAAGUCACAGUGACGUGUCCCAUUCUGUUAUCCUGUGAAGUUGCAGAGAAAUGCCUCCUGCUUUGUGUUCUCCAACACGCCUCUCUUUCACUCCUUCAUUUUCACACAUACUCACACACAAAACACAACAAAACACAACAAAAAAGGGCAAUCUCCAGCAUGUUAACUUUCUUUAUCAAACACGCACAUGCUGGGAGAGAAGAUGCUGACCACUCUGUUUGUUGUGAAGCUGGAGUUGUCAGCAAAACCAGCCCUGCUCGGCAUCAUAGUUUCACUCCCUUCUCCUCUGAGGCAACCUCACUUUCUCUUCCUCCUCCUCCUCCAACUGCCCCACACCCGCCCCCGUCUCUUCAGCCCCUCCAGCACCAAGCAGAGACUAAUAUCCCUGUAGAGAUCCAAAGUUAUAACAAGUUGACCUUCACAUUAAAAUCUCAUCAACUUCCAAUCUCCCUCUGUACCUCUCCCUCUUUUUCUCUGCACGUCCUUCAUGGCUCUUUUAUACUUUUCUGACGGAUUUGCACAGCUCGUGCUUUCCUACUCAUUUCUACUGUAAGUCAUGCUCUGCUAACUGUAUAGUCAAACACAUUUUUGGUCAAAGAAUUGCAUUGAUCUUGAAUCAACUGUUGAUAUAGAAUUUUUUCUCCUUUAGAAAUCAAUAAUGUUCUGAAAAAUAAACUGAUGUCAAUCUCAAGACGAAUGUUACUGUCAAAUACAUACCUUUAAGAAUUAACACUUUAUAUGUCAUUCUCUACUGUUAAGAGGAAAUUAGCAUAGAAAUGGGAAAGGUUCCUACUUUUCCCGCUUCUUUAAAUAAAAAUUCAAGAUCUUCUCAUUUUCCUUUCAUGCUGUCAUGUUUCAACCACAAACCUACAGGAUUUUAGUUCAUUUUUAUACAACGCACCAAAACGGGUCAUUCAUGUUUGCAACAAUUAAAGUAAAUGGUACGUGGUCACCUAAUUCAUUGUUUCCUUCUGAAGAAAAAUAGAAAUGCUGUGACAUAAGUCAGCCCCCAUGGGUUAAAAUAUUGUAGAGAAGCAAUGCUUUUUGCUACUGUGGCUAAAAGUCUUUUGGGGAAUGUCCCUACCAGCAUUCACCUCUAUUGACAGAAUGAUUUCAUUAUUAUUCUAUGUAGAAUAAGGGCUCAGUUGGACUGAAUAGAGCUUCUGUCAACAUACAUGUUAAAUUAAUGUCACAUAUCCUUGAUAAGAUUGAGAGUUAAGCCCUUUUAACAUGAUAAUAUGGUUUGAUCUAAUCCACACCAAGAUAUUAUAGCUCUCUACUUAGAUUAAAAUACACAGAAGUAAUUUGUUUAAUAGUUGUUUUCUGAAGAGGUUUUAUUGCAUUGUAUUCAGACAGCUAAAAACAAAGAUAUGCCUCACUUUUCAGAUUAUUCUUUGUAUAAUAUUUAAAAAAAACUAUUGGUUAUUUUCCUUUCCCUCAACUAAUGCUGCGUUCUUUA